AUGUUAAUAUCAGGUCCAAAGCAACCGGGAUACGAUAUCAAUACGUACUUAGCACCUUUAAUUGAUGAUCUACAAAUGUUGUGGACGGAUGGAGUUCGUUGUUUCGAUGCAUAUAAGGAAGAAUAUUUCACACUGCGAGCUGUCUUAUUAUGGACCAUCAACGGUUUUCCAACAUACGGUAAUCUAUGCGGUUUUAGUGUGAAAGGAUAUAAGGCUUGUCCAAUAUGUGGAGAGGAGACUACUUCAAUAAGAUUGCAACAUGGAAAAAAAAUGUCAUACAUGGGACACAUGAAGUAUUUGCUAAGACAUCAUCCAUACAGAUUACAGAAAAAAAAAUUUAAUGGGAAGCAAGAGCAUGGAAUUCCUCCACAACCCUUGUCGGGGGAGGCCAUGUACCUUAAGAUGAAAGACAUGAUAUUUUCAUGUGGGAAGAAGUGUGGGAAGACCGUGCAUAAUGAAGGUGGCAAUGACUAUUGGAAAAGAAGACCUGUUUUUUUUCAACUACCAUAUUGGAAACACUUGCAUGUUCGACACUGUUUAGACAUAAUGCAUAUUGAAAAAAAUGUAUGCAUGAACAUAGUGGGCACCUUACUUGAUAUACCAGGAAAAAGUAAGGAUGGGAUGAAUACUAGACUUGACUUGGUUGGAAUGAAAAUUAGACCAGAAUUGACACCAACGUUUACUGGUAAUAGAACUUAUAUCCCUGCGGCAUGUUAUACACUGUCAAAAGAAGAGAAGUAUCGGUUUUGCAAGACUUUGUCAGAAAUUAAAGUUCCAGAAGGUUAUUCAGCAAAUAUUAGUAGUCGUGUCUCUUUGGAUGACUUAAAACUGAUCGGCCUUAAGUCGUACGACUGUCAUGUUUUAAUGCAGCAACUGCUUCCAAUUGCAAUACGUUCAGUCCUACCGAAGAAUGUGAGGUACACUAUUAGUAGAUUGUGCUUUUUCUUCAAUGCGAUUUGUGCCAAAAGUUUUUCUGUCUCAGAUCUUGAUGCACUUCAAGAAGAUAUAGUUCUGACUUUAUGCAAUCUUGAGAAGUAUUUCCCACCCUCGUUUUUUACAAUCAUGGUUCACCUUGUCGUUCAUCUCGUUAGAGAAGUAAAGCUUUGUGGACCAAUAUAUUUGCGAUGGAUGUACCCAUUUGAACGAUGCAUGAAAGUGUUGAAAAGUUAUGUUCGCAGUAGAGCUCGACCGGAAGUAUGCAUUGCAGAAGCAAGCAUAUGCGAGGAGGCAGUUGGAUUCUGUUCAGAUUUUCUUUCUGGAUUAGAUCCUAUUGGACUUGGGUCACUCAAUUCAAGGACAGAAAUACAAAGCGAUCGACCGCUAUCAGUAGGAACAUACGUUCGACCCGAUGACCAACAACUCAAGCAAGCACAUCUUCAUGUCUUACAGAACAUUGGAGAAGUGCACACAUACGUUGAGUAA